ACUAUAGAUUUACCACAUACCAGACACGCUAGAACACGACUUCGAUAUCUCGAAUUGUCUGAUUCGAUCGACUUAUCGACUGUGGGUAGUGAGAAUGAAAGAUGUCCGGAUCAAAAUUUUUCGUAUAAUGUGUUGAAACUCAUGCACCAUAUAAUGAUCGAGAAACAAUGGUCCACGCUGUAUUUGAUAAUAUAAAAAUAAUGUCCGACACACGCGACGAAAGACACAUCAUUGCUGCCAAGAGGCUAACAUCCAGCGCGUGAUAUAUCGUAAGAGCGCACGCUACAGAACAUGGCCGCCUUCUUCGAGAACCCGUUGUUUCUUUUCGUCGACGAAACAGAGCCGAUUCUUCCAAUUUUCCGAUCUCCCGAAUACAAUGAUUCGGGAAGAAAAAUCGUGGAAUUAACAGACGUUGGUUGCGACACGGAAACGACAUUUCCCAUACACUUUUUACGCGGCAAAUUCAACAGGCGACGUGGAGUAGCCGACAGCUUUAGGUCGGCUCGUAAAAUCGCUAAACAACGCAAUGAAAGACCGACAAGUUUUUCUUCCCGUACAGUCACAAUUCUAGAUGACUUUCAAGACAAAAAGGCAAGAUACACGAAGAACAAAUUGUGGCGGAACGAUCGAAGCGACGGUUACGGUCAUACGUACUCCACCGGACCGAAUUGCAAUGCAUAUGCUGAGGAUUCCUACGAUGACUGGGAGUUUUCGAAAAAUGAUUCCGCCGUUGGGUACAACAAUUACUACACCGAGUCCGUCAGUCUUCGGAAUAUGACCGGACAUUCACGGAAGGAACGUCCGUCUCCGAAUAUGUCGAAGUAUCCAAGAAACUUCGAGAUUUCACCUUCACCUUCACCUUCACGAGGAAAUCGCGUGUCUCGAGAGCGCGCUCGUUAUCAAAGAGAGAACACGUGCCCGUUGUGGUUCGACGAAGACGAGAGACGCUCUUACAAAGCUCAUAACAUUGACGUUCGGUCGAGACGAUUGCCGUUGAGCGAGCAUAGAAAACGAAUGAGGGUUUCUCCGGGAACGGGUAACUGUCUCAACCGCGGCGUGGAAUGCACAAAAGACCGCGUUGGACAGGAACUACGAGAACAAGAAGACGUUUCGUUCAGCUACGUCGAUCCCGUCGGGUUUUCAAAAAAUGAUAUUUGGGAUUUCACUUUGGAGAACGAGCCAAUUUAUGAGGAAUCGAUAUGCUCAGAUUCUACAACGGCGAAUAAUCAGUAUUUGUGGGAAAUGACGUCUCAGAAUCUCGAUUCGCAGCAGGCUCAUGUGAACGUUACGGACUCGGAAAAUAGCGAGUUUAUGAAAACGCGCGAGAAAAACAACUCCGCGAACUCAUUGUCUUCAAAGGAUGCGACCAACAGCGAGAAGCCCAAGGCCUUUCGAUCAAAUUUGCCCGAUACGAAUACUCCCCGCGUUCGAUCAGCGGGAGUAAGCACCGAUCAGCGGUUGUCAAAUGUACAUUCUACUGGUAAAGCUACGACGAAUAUGAGGUUACAUUCGGCGCUUGAAGAGAGAAAGAACAACACGGGCCAUGCGACACCGACUGAGAGAAGGACAGAAACCGCGAAUUUGAGCUGCGCACGAACGCGAACGAACGAUCGUCGGCGUGACAACAACUCCGGCAAAACUCAAGUUAGGACCGGACGAUCUGCCAGAAAGGUAGAAAAGGAUGUCGCGGACUCACCGAUCAAAAUCACCGAUCGCACACACGGAAAAAGUAACGCAGGUUCUCGCGCCAAAAGUGCUGAUAAAAAUGGCGGAAUCAAGCGAACCGAUCAAACAGUCCUAUCGCGAUCGACGCCCGAGAAGCUAACAGAGAUCAAAAAAGCGUUCACCUCGGCUAGUACAGAAGUGGAGAAGAAGCAGAAGAUCUCCAGGUUGCCCGUGAGAACGUGGAAACGCAUGCGAACGAGGGAACCCGCCGCGUUGCAUCUCAAGACCGGGCAAAUGACGGGCGUGGCUGUUGCUACUGGAAAGCCUGAAGAUGCGGACGUUGCUUUCGAAAAUGCGCAGCUGAGCAACCCGAGGACCGCUGAGGAUGACGAAGAGCGCGAAAAAAUGGCGAGAGACCGCGCGAGCGGACGUCGCGACGAUCUAAAGCCGAACGAUCGUUACAGAACGGGGGGAUUGUCCGUCGCCGAUAAACCAGGGUCGGCCCCCGCCGAUCUGAAAGGUUUAAAGGGGACCAAGAGCUUCAACAUAUCGAAAGGGAUGUCUGACCGGCUAAAAAAAAGAACGAAUUAGCCGUAUUAUUAGAAUUGGAAUAAGAAUCAGGUCACAAACAUCAUCGGAGGACCAAAAAUAAAACGCAACGAGCACACGUGAGCACUCACUCGACGAGAGUAGAGAGACGGUCACUUUUUGCGAUCGGUAUCGUUUCUACGUGUCGUCCGAGCGGAAAGCGCUGACGGACGGAGAAGAGGCCGCGCGGAACACAGUGGUAGGCUGAAGGACACGUAACAGCGUGUAGAACAAGGCAGGCAUAAUCGUGCCUCGGAGUAAUGGGUCACCUCAAAAGAAGACCCCCGAAUGAUACCAAUUAUGCCAUCAACGCACCAUGCCGUCUCCCCCGUACACGCCUCUGUCACAGCACAGUCACUUCGCCCGCAUGUCAACCGCCCCGCUUGCGUAACCACCCUAUGUGGAGAGCGCCUCGUCGUGUGUAUAAUACGCCGGCGGUUCUCGCGCUGGGGUCCACCGCGCGAUCUCAGGAUCAGAGGGAAAAUAUGUAAUUGUCCGUAUUUACCCUUGCACCCGGCACGUACUCAAACAACAACACGAGACCCCG